GUUCGGACGUGAAAUACGUUUAAUACGAUUGGUAACGUAAAACUCUAAUUUUGAUAUCAAUUUUACAAAAAAAAAUAAAAUAAAAAAAAAAAUUUUAAAAGAAAAAUAAAGAAAAAUAUCGAUUUACAAGGGAAAAAAAUUAAGUUCCCAAAGUUUGAACAAAGAAUUUCACUGAAAUCAAAAGUGAUACGCAGCAAAAAAGAAACUUCCUCAACUGAAUAAACAACAAAGAAGUGCAGAGCAAAUAGCCAACAGGCAAAACUUUUAUUACAGAAAGCCACAAAGUGAAUAUUUGUGUUGCCGACAAUUAAGAGGAUAGUUUUACACAAUUAGACCGAGGAUAAAUACGUGAAAAUGACUUCAACUGUGAAACUCAGCAAGGAUUUGCCGGAUAUUGAGAAUUUAUUGGCAUUAAACCCCCGAGUAGCUACAAAAUGUUCCGUUGUGCCCACAACUACCACGAAAAAGGUCAAACAACAUUGGAAACGCAACGGAAGUAAAUCAUGCUCCUCAUGUCCCUCGCUUACUAACGAUUUUUCCGACAUAAAGCACACCACGUUGUCAGAACGCGGUGCCUUGCGCGAAGCCGCACGUUGUUUAAAAUGUGCCGAUGCUCCAUGCCAGAAGUCUUGCCCAACGCAACUCGAUAUCAAGGCGUUCAUCACGUCAAUCGCCAACAAAAACUACUACGGAGCGGCAAAAGCAAUUUUCAGCGAUAAUCCGCUCGGCUUGACAUGCGGCAUGGUUUGUCCCGUGAGCGAUUUGUGCGUUGGCGGAUGCAAUUUGCAGGCAACCGAAGAAGGACCCAUCAACAUUGGGGGCUUGCAACAUUACGCAACUGACGUCUUCAAGCGCAUGGGACUCAAGCAAAUUCUGUCGCCGGAUUUGAAGCCUUUGAAAAAUCCCAAUGCGAAAAUUCGUCUUUUGGGUGGCGGACCAACAUCGCUUUCGUGCGCGACUUUCCUCGGACGUCUUGGAUACAAAAAUAUCGUCGUGUAUGAACGUCGUCCGUACUUGGGAGGCUUAAGUGCUUCGGAAAUUCCGCAAUAUCGGCUGCCCAUUGACGUGGUUGACUUUGAAAUUAGUCUCGUGAAGGAUUUGGGCGUGAAAUUCGAGACGGGACGAAGUCUCUCGACGAAAGAUAUUACGGUGAAAAAAUUGCUGGAAGAGAAAACGGAUGCAAUUUACUUGGGUAUCGGAUUGCCACAAGCGAAAGUUGAUAAAGUGUUCGAGGGACUUACCGUCGCGAAUGGUUUUUACACGUCGAAGGACUUUUUGCCGCUCGUUGCGGAUGGCAGCAAGCCCGGCGUUUGUGCUUGCAAGACUCCAACGUUGCCCACAUUGACAGGAAAUGUCAUCGUGUUGGGAGCAGGAGACACAGCUUUUGAUUGUGCGACAUCGGCGUUGCGUUGCGGGGCGAAAAAAGUCUUUGUUGUCUUCCGAAAGGGCAGUUCUAACAUCAGAGCGGUGCCAGAAGAGGUCGAACUUGCACGCGAAGAAAAAUGCGAAUUCAUUCCUUACAUGUCGCCCGCUCAAGUCAUCGUUCGUGAUGGAAAAAUCUGCGCUGCCGAAUUCUAUCGCACCGAACAAAAUGAAAAAGACGAAUGGAUUGUCGACAAAGAUCAAAUUGUUCGUUUAAAAGCCAAUUACGUCAUCUCCGCCUUUGGUUCGGGACUCCAAGAUCCAGACAUGCUUGAGGCUCUUUCUCCCGUUCCGCUGAACAAAUGGAACCUCCCGAUCGUGAAUUCGUCGACGCACCAAACUGAGAUCCCAAAUAUUUUCUGCGGCGGUGACUUGGCUGGUAAUGCCGAGACUACCGUUGAGUCCGUUAACGAUGGAAAAGUCGCUGCUUGGUACAUGCAUUGCUAUCUCGAGGGUUUGUCAUUCGAUACGCCGCCCGAACUUCCUUUGUUCCACACGGAAAUCGAUAAUGUUGAUCUCUCGGUGGAAGUUUGCGGUGUCAAAUUCGAAAAUCCAUUCGGUUUGGCAAGUGCCCCGCCUACAACGUCAACCGCUAUGAUUCGACGUGCCUUCGAGCAAGGUUGGGGAUUUGCUGUGACGAAGACGUUCAGCUUGGAAAAGGAUAUUGUGACGAAUGUGUCGCCUCGUAUUGUUCGUGGAACGACUGCUGGGCACAAUUAUGGACCGCAACAAGGCUCUUUCUUGAAUAUUGAGCUCAUUUCGGAGAAAUGCACGGAAUAUUGGUUACGCGGAGUGACGGAGCUCGUACGUGACUUCCCGACAAAAGUCGUAAUUGCCAGUAUCAUGUGCGGAUAUGACAAAGAUGAUUGGACAAAGCUUGCAAAAAUGGCAGAAGCAGCGGGCGCACACAUGCUCGAACUGAAUUUGUCGUGUCCUCAUGGGAUGGGCGAACGUGGCAUGGGAUUAGCAUGCGGGCAACAACCAGAUUUGGUCUAUAACAUCUCUCUGUGGGUGCGAGAAGCUGUCAAAAUCCCCUUUUUCGUCAAAUUAACGCCAAAUAUCACGGAUAUCGUGGAUAUUGCUGAUGCUGCAUUCCGCGGAAAGGCCGAUGGAGUCUCUGCCAUUAACACUGUCUCGGGUUUAAUGAGCAUUUCGCCGAAAGCUGAGCCCUGGCCUGCCGUUGGAAUUGAAAAACGCACGACAUACGGCGGCGUAAGUGGCAAUGCAACGCGUCCCAUGGCACUUCGAGCUAUUACAGCCAUCGGAAAUCGUUUCCCCAAGUUCCCCAUUAUGGGUACGGGAGGUAUUGAUUCUGCUGAUGCCGCAUUCCAGUACAUCCAAGCAGGAGCUCCGCUUUUGCAAGUUUGCUCCGCUGUGCAAAAUCAGGACUUUAGCGUGGUGCAAGACUACAUCACGGGACUCAAGGCAUUGUUGUAUCUCGAAGCGAAUCCGCCGUCGCAUGAUUGGUUGGGGCAAUCGCCGCCUGUGGGAAAAAUUCAAAAAGGAAAACCUGUGGUGCCGUUACGUGACGAAAAUGGCAAGCCUAUUUUGCAUUUUGGACCGUACGUGAAGGAACGAGAGGAAAAACUCGCUAAAAUGAGACUUGAAAAGGGACCGUUGUGGGAUCCUUUGAAAGACGAAACCUUCGCCAAUGACACAAACGGCACGACAUCGAAUGGCGUGAACGGCAAAUCAAAUAGCAACGUGCCUCGCAUCAGUGACAUCGUUGGACGUGCUCUCCCGCGAGUCGGCAAAUACAACGAUCUCGAUAACAAAAAACAAGUGGUGGCACUGAUUGAUGAUGACCUUUGCAUCAACUGCGGCAAAUGCUACAUGACGUGCAAUGAUAGCGGAUACCAAGCCAUUAGUUUCGACGCCGAGACUCAUAUUCCGCAUGUGGGAGACGAUUGCACGGGUUGCACACUUUGUUUAUCCGUUUGUCCCGUCAUUGACUGCAUAAGUAUGGUGCCAAAGAAGAUUCCGCAUGUCAUCAAGCGUGGUUUGACGAAGGAAGUAUGGAAAGUGCAUGCAUUGAGUCCAUCGCAGUAAAUUUCGAGAAAAUCGAGGAAAAUUUUAUUUUGCAACAAUUUUUAAUAGAAAACUAAUAAAUGUCAGUUUCCAAUAAGUUUUAUUGUUUUUCUCAUAUUUUGAUUCGAC